AUGUCCGCAUCCACAACUACUAGCCCACGAGAAAGCUCGUCAGCUCUCAUGCCACCUCCGUCGGCGCCUCUCCCAUCCUCCACAAUGCCCACACCACUUGACGAAGCACGCCUGACAGACGAUGACAUCGACUCGUUGAUCGCCUCGCUCUCCCCGACAUCCGAACUAGACCACUUGCGUUCGAUCGAGAAAACCAUCCGAGAAACCCAGAUGCGCCGGCGCAAAGAGACCGAAGAACACACCGCCAAGAUCCACGCUCUUCAAUCCGCGCUUUCCGACCUGCGCAAACAGUCGACACGUCAAGCAGCCGAAUGGCGUUCGCUCGCGUCGCACGCCGAAACAAUCGAAAAGCUCGACAACCGCAACUUCGACCUAGCUAAGAAGAUCAAUGAACAGGAAAGCGUUCUCUCCAACAUGCAGAACGAAGUGAUGGAGCUGAAGCGAACAUGCGACGAACUGGAAGAGGUCGACAUCGAGGAUGAGACCGAGAUGGACCGUGAUGCAUUGUGCUUGAGAAUCUUCCGAAGUCUCGGUUUCCUACCCUCGAAGAGCUCCACAGCCAAUAACGACGACGAAUGGUCGAGCAUCCUGGUCCGAUCCGACACGCGCAACACAGCUAUUCAAUUCGAUAUCCAAACAUCCCACCUCAAGCAAAACGAGAUCUCACCACUCAUCCUCGCCGACCAGCUCUGGAAGGCCGCAGAGUAG